GCGUGCCUAGAAACAGAACGGAUGCGUUGAGUGAUAAGAACGACAAACACCUCCAUGCCCCUUCCGUGUGACCUCUGUCGCCUGCAUGAGGACUCACUCAUCUCUGCCUGGAGAAGAUUGCAGACAUUCAGAGUUUGUCACAGUAACAAUGGCUCCUCAGUACGUCCCCAGUCUUCGUUCAAGACUUCCGUUUGUGACCUUGCUUCUGGAAAUCAUCUUUCUCCUACUGUUUUUUUUUGUUGUGAAAAUAGAAGAUCAGGAUCGGGUUUACAGAGAGUUUGACAAAAAGACCUUCAUCCUCUUAUAUGCAGAAUUCCAAGAUAUCCAUGUGAUGAUAUUCAUGGGCUUUGGAUUCUUGGCCACGUUCCUCGUACGAUACGGUUUUAGUGGAUCAGGGUUUAACAUGCUAGUGGCUGCAAUGGCCAUUCAGUGGUCCGUCCUGAUGAACGGCUUUCUGCUGCCACAACACCACCACAACAGAGAGGUCUACAUCAAUAUGAAGAGUGUGAUUGAGGCAGAGCUCUGUGCAGCUUCGGCCCUGAUUGCGAUGGGAGCGGUCCAUGGAAAAACAAAUCCGGUCCAGCUUUUGCUUAUGGCCCUUUUGGAGGUCACAGGAUUUGUGGUCAACCAGUGGAUCCUGCGAACUCUGUUCCGUGCAGACCUGCUGUACAGCAUCAUGCUCUUGCAUGUCUUCGGAGGCUUUUUUGGCGUGAUGGCGUCAUGGGUGCUGCACAGAGACCGAAUCAAACCAAAACACGAGAAAGAGAAAACGGACCGCAGGACUGGCUUAUUCUCUAUGUUAGGAACACUUUUCUUGUGGAUGUUCUGGCCCAGUUUUAACGCAGCAGUUGUAUAUCAGAAGUGGGAUAGAGGACUGAAGCUCAGCGUGAUAUAUGGGACGUAUCUGUCUCUGGCUGUCAGUGUUGUCGUGGCGAUGACGGUCUCGAUGCUCACUAGCUCGAAAGGAAAAAUGAACAUGGUGCAUGUCCAGGGCUCUGUCCUCUCUGGUGGUGUUGCUAUUGGAGUUGCCAUGACAGCAGUCCACACUCCAUGGAUUGCCAUGACAAUUGGCCUAUGUGCCGCUCUCUUAUCAUCCCUGGGAUUCCGGUACAUGAAGGAUCACAUGCUGUUAGCUUUUGAGUGUCAUGACACCUGUGGUGUCCUCAACGUUCAUGCCAUACCUGGAAUUCUCGGAUGGCUCGCUCAUUUAUUUCUACGGGUGGCCAGUACUGAAAGCACAAUAGCUUUGCAGUUUGCUGUGCAUCACAUCUGUGUUCUCUUCAUAACACUGUGCAUGAGUCUGGUGAUGGGUAUGGCCACAGGACUGUUUCUUAAACUGAGCAUCUGGAGACCUCAACAGGACAGGAAGUGUUUCGAUGACCAGGCAUUCUGGGAGUUUCCAAAUUUGGUGGUGGAGAAAUGAAGAACAGGACACAGGACACUGAGGGCCACAGACAAAAUGUGUGUGUGUGUGAGAGAGUGAUAUGUUGCCUACAUUUUACAGCUAAAUUGAAAACAAUACAUUGUCUAAACGGCAGAGAAAAUGACAAAGCCACAGGACGUUGAUGCUCAAUUCAUUUACUUUAGUGGCAGCAGACACACACAGUGGAGCUUUUUCUGCCACACAAUGACAAACUGAUAAAAAACACGACCAAAUAACGUAGCAUAUAAAUCUAACCUCAUGAAAUUAGAUGGAAUUCAUGUUGUUUAUCUGUGUAUGAGUUUAGCAAUCAGAAAAAAUAAAAUGCUGGAUACUAAUAAACCUACAAGCUUUAUACAUAUUUACAGUCAUUUUAUUUGUUUUAAACCCACAGUUGAAUCAAGUUUAGCUAUUUUCUGUCAGAAAGAGAUACAGGGAUUACAUAAAAAUGUUACAUUCUUAUAAUGCUUAGAAAAAAAUGUGUUAAAAGACAGGUCUAUUUCUCUGACCGACGUAAGUUAUUCCCCCACAACCACUGAAAUAAUAAAAAUUGUGCUUCUCUUAAAACAUUUUUAUAAGCCCCCACAUGCCAAACCAAACAUAAAGGGUGAAUUUAAAAAUCUCCACAAAACAUUUAACCAGGACCAUGGAAAGCCCUCAAAGUUAAAGAAAUUUCAAUAGUGAAUGUACAGUUUCCUAGUCACAAAAUAAUAUAUCAGCCAUAAAAAGCUCUUUGUGAGUGCAAUGUCUAUAAAAUAACUUUUGGUAAUCAUAAAUGGUUGGACUAUUCAUGUAAUUGAAUUGUAUUGAUUGUGGGAAACCUGUAUAGAAAAUACAUAAAAUGGGACUCAUAAACAAUGCAGGCAAAUAUGGGUGUUUUCAAAUCCUCACUUGUGUUUGGCAUUUAUAUUACACAAAUUUUGUGUUUAAUAAAAGUCAGAUUUACAUGCAAUUGACAACAUUAAAAAAAAAAAAUCACAGUAUUUUGCUAAUUGAUAAUGUAAUAAUGGGUUAUAAAUUAAGAUUCAUACUAUAAGCUCUGUUGAGCAUGUGUUAAAAUGUGACCAUGUGUCAAUCUAUACUGCUGGAAUUCAUAUUUUCUCAAAAUUGGUACACACAAUGCAAGAAAAGUCUGACUGGUCUGAUUCUAAUCAUUAGAAUGACAUGUUCCAGAAUUGGAAUCUCAUUGUAUACUUGAGUGACAGAAGAGCGUGGACUUGAUGCAUUUCUUUUUCACUGUGCACUCGCUUUGGCCACACAGGAAAUAAGACAAAGAAAGCAAAAAGGAGUAAUAAAAUAGAGAAAGCCAAUAAGCAGCAAUAAAUCAGAG